AUGAUGCAGCAACAAGAAGCUGGAGGAUUUAACUUUGAGAACAGCCGCAGGAAUGCUGUGUUGGAGUCUAGUUUGGCUGAAAAUGGAUUUAAAUAUCUGAACCCAAGAAAAACUGGGACCACAAUCGCAGGACUCAUUUACAAGGAUGGAGUGAUACUCGGAGCCGACACUCGAACCACAGACGACAUGAUGGUUGCCGACAAGAACUGUGAGAAGAUCCACUGCAUCUCUCCAACUAUCUACGGCUGCGGGGCGGGUGUUGCUGCAGAUGCGCUGCUCUGCUCUCAGAUGAUUGCCGCUAGUGCGCAGUUACAUUCUCUAAACACAGGGAGGCGCCCUCCUGUCGCCAUGAUGACGCGACAGCUCAAACAGACGCUCUUCAGGUACCAGGGACAGGUGAGCUGCUCUCUCAUCGUGGGAGGAGUGGAUGACUCCGGUCCUCAGCUCUACAGCGUUUAUCCUCACGGCUCCUCUUACCGUCUGCCCUACGUCACUAUGGGCUCCGGAGCUGCAGCUGCUGCGGCUGUGCUGGAGGACCGCUUCAAACCAUACAUGGAGCUGCAGGAUGCGCUCCAGGUGCUCCAGGACGCGGUUCUGGCUGGGAUCCUCUGUGACCUGGUUUCUGGAGGCAGUGUGGACGUGUGUGUGAUCACUGAGACCGGAGCAGAUCUGCGGAGGGGCGUCGAGCGAGCAGCUGUCAGAGGGAACAGAACGGGAGACUAUCGGUACAAACGAGGCACCACAGUGGUCCUCACCAAGUCCACCACGAAUCUGAGACAUGACCUAGUCCACGAGUCGGUCCAGACCACAGACCAGGACUAG